UCUUUUUUCUUAUUUUAUUUUUGUUUGGCAACCUUGGCAUCAGUUUUUUUUUCCUGCUUAAUUUUAUCAUCGUUCUUAUUUGAUUUUUUUUUUUACAAAGAGGUGAUUGUAAACAAGCCAAGUGAUUUUUUUCUUUUUUUAAAAAAAACCCUUUUUCCUUCUUGAAGGCAGCUAUCGUAGGGGUGGGGGAAACCCAAAUUAUCAGGUUGUUUUUAUGCGUUUUUGUGUUUUUAAAGAAAGCAAACAUGUAAAUUUUAUGUAAAUUUUAGUUAUUAAAAAUAAAAUUAAAGAGUCCUAGUGAAGAUUUUUUUAGUGGCUAUCGGCAUUUCCCCCUCUUUUGUUUUGCAUUUUGCGAACAUUUUCCUUGGUGCCUUUUUGAGUGGGGGGUUCCUAAAAGGGGGGGGGCUGCUGGAGGUUGAAGGGGGGUGAAGAUUUAAAGCUUGGAAAGUUUUCGUGCAGCUGCUGGAGCAAAGCUCUGAGCCCCCCAAGCUAGCCGCCAGUAGAGAGAGGGAGGGAGAAAGAGAGGUAGCGGAGGAGAGUCUUUCCAGGGUUCUCAUCGGUUGUAAGAAAGUGUAGUUUCUUAGCGGGCUGACAUUGAAACAACUUCAGCUGUUUACUUUUAGGAUGUCUCGUCGCAAGCAAGCUAAACCAAGAGCACUCAAAGUAGAAGAAAAUGAAUCAGAGGACCAGGAAGGAGUGGAACAAUCAGCAGUGCCGACAGAUCUGAACUGUAAACUAGAAGACAGGACAGACGAUAGAGAGUUGAUAGAUUGUAAGAAAAGACCGGAAGAAGGGGAGGAAUUAGAGGAAGAAGCUGUGCACAGCUGUGACAGCUGCCUCCAGGUGUUCGAGUCAUUGAGUGACAUCACAGAGCACAAGAUUAAUCAAUGUCAACUGACAGAUGGAGUAGACAUCGAAGAUGAUCCUUCCUGCUCAUGGCCAGCUUCUUCACCCUCUAGUAAAGAUCAGACUUCCCCAAGCCAUGGAGAUGGUUGUGACUUUGGUGAAGAAGAAGGUGGCCCAGGAUUGCCCUACCCAUGCCAGUUUUGUGACAAGUCUUUUAGCCGCCUCAGCUAUCUAAAGCACCACGAGCAAAGUCACAGCGACAAGCUCCCUUUCAAGUGCACCUAUUGCAGCCGCCUCUUCAAACAUAAACGGAGCCGAGAUCGCCAUAUUAAACUUCACACAGGAGAUAAGAAGUACCACUGUAGUGAAUGUGAUGCAGCAUUUUCAAGAAGUGAUCACCUUAAAAUUCAUUUGAAGACUCAUACCUCUAACAAGCCAUAUAAGUGUGCCAUUUGCCGACGUGGAUUUCUCUCCUCUAGUUCACUUCAUGGACACAUGCAAGUUCAUGAGAGAAACAAAGAUAGUUCUCAAUCUGCCUCCCGGAUGGAGGAUUGGAAAAUGAAGGACACUCAGAAAUGCAGUCAAUGUGAAGAAGGUUUCGAUUUUCCAGAAGAUCUUCAGAAACACAUAGCAGAAUGCCACCCAGAGUGUUCCCCAAAUGAAGACCGAGCUGCUCUUCAGUGUGUUUACUGCCAUGAACUCUUUGUAGAGGAAAGUUCACUAGUAAAUCACAUGGAGCAGGCUCAUAAUGGAAUGGAAAAGAAACAUAUGUGCAGUAUUUGCUCAGAGAACUUCCAUACUGUCGAAGAGCUCUAUAGCCACAUGGAUAGUCACCAGCAGCCAGAAUCAUGCAACCAUAGUAAUAGCCCCUCUUUAGUGACAGUUGGUUACACCUCAGUCUCUAGCACCACUCCAGAUUCAAAUCUCUCAGUAGAUAGCUCAACUAUGGUUGAAGCAGUUCCCCCAAUCACAAAAGGACGUGGAAGAAAACGGACAGCCCAGCAGGUGGCAGAUAUCACUGGGCCUUCAAAUAAACAAGCCAAGGUUGCUUAUAGUUGCAUUUAUUGCAACAAGCAGUUAUUUUCAAGCCUUGCAGUACUGCAAAUACAUUUGAAAACUAUGCAUUUAGAUAAACCUGAGCAAGCCCAUAUUUGUCAGUAUUGUCUAGAAGUGUUACCUUCACUUUACAACCUAAAUGAGCAUCUGAAACAAAUACAUGAAGCGCCAGAUCCCGCACUGAUCGUCUCUACCAUGCCUUCUAUGAUCUACCAGUGUAACUUCUGCUCAGAAGUUUUCAAUGACCUCAACUCUCUUCAGGAACAUAUUCGAUGUACUCAUGGAUUUGGAAAUCCAGCUGCUAAAGACAGUAAUGCAUUCUUUUGUCCUCAUUGUUAUAUGGGGUUUCUUACUGAUUCUUCCUUGGAAGAGCAUAUUAGACAAGUCCAUUGUGAUCUUAGCAGUUCUCGUUUUGGUUCUCCUGUAUUAGGUACCCCUAAAGACCCAGUCGUUGAAGUAUAUUCUUGCUCUUACUGCACAAAUUCUCCAAUAUUUAAUAGUGUUCUUAAACUGAAUAAGCAUAUAAAGGAGAACCAUAAGAACAUUCCAUUAGCACUAAAUUACAUUCAUAAUGGGAAGAAAUCUAGAGCCAUGAGCCCGUUGUCUCCAGUUACUAUAGAACAGACAUCAUUAAAGAUGAUGCAGGCUGUUGGUGGUGCUCCCCCACGCUCGGCUGGUGAGUACAUCUGCAAUCAGUGUGGUGCUAAAUACACCUCCCUGGAUGGUUUUCAGACUCAUUUAAAAACACAUCUUGACACUGUCCUGCCCAAAUUGACUUGCCCUCAGUGCAAUAAGGAGUUUCCAAACCAAGAGUCCCUGCUGAAGCACGUGACGAUCCAUUUCAUGAUAACCUCCACAUACUACAUCUGUGAAAGUUGUGAUAAACAGUUUACUUCCGUGGAUGACUUGCAGAAGCACUUACUUGACAUGCACACCUUUGUGUUUUUCCGUUGUACAUUGUGUCAAGAGGUCUUUGACUCCAAAGUUUCCAUUCAGCUUCAUCUGGCUGUGAAGCAUAGCAAUGAGAAGAAGGUGUACAGGUGUACAUCUUGCAACUGGGAUUUCCGCAAUGAGACAGACCUGCAGCUCCAUGUUAAGCACAAUCAUUUGGAGAAUCAAGGCAAAGUACACAAGUGUAUUUUUUGUGGUGAGUCUUUUGGUACGGAAGUGGAACUCCAGUGCCAUAUCACAACACACAGCAAAAAAUACAACUGCAAGUUCUGCAGCAAAGCAUUUCAUGCUAUCAUAUUGCUGGAAAAACACUUGAGGGAGAAGCAUUGCGUUUUUGAAACAAAAACUCCCAAUUGUGGAACCAACGGAGCAUCUGAACCAGUUCAGAAGGAAGAAGUAGAGCUACAGACAUUGCUGACCAACAGCCAGGAAUCCCACAACAGCCAUGAUGGAAGUGAAGAAGACGUUGAUACAUCUGAACCUAUGUAUGGAUGUGACAUUUGUGGAGCAGCCUACACAAUGGAGUCUCUCUUGCAAAACCACCAACUUCGGGAUCACAAUAUCCGACCUGGGGAAAGUGCCAUCAUAAAGAAAAAGGCAGAGCUGAUAAAAGGGAACUACAAGUGUAAUGUGUGCUCGCGAACAUUUUUCUCUGAAAAUGGGCUUCGUGAACAUAUGCAGACACAUUUGGGUCCAGUGAAACACUAUAUGUGCCCAAUAUGUGGCGAGAGAUUCCCAUCGCUUCUGACUCUCACUGAACAUAAGGUCACACACAGUAAGAGCCUUGAUACAGGAAACUGCAGGAUUUGCAAAAUGCCACUCCAGAGUGAGGAAGAAUUCUUGGAGCAUUGUCAGAUGCAUCCUGACUUGCGAAACUCCUUAACAGGAUUCCGAUGUGUGGUUUGCAUGCAGACGGUGACUUCUACUUUGGAGCUGAAGAUCCACGGGACGUUCCACAUGCAAAAGACAAGCACCAGUGCCGCAGUGCAGACUACAGGGCGAAUACAGCAUCUUCAGAAAUUGUACAAAUGUGCUUCUUGUCUGAAAGAAUUUCGCUCAAAACAGGACUUGGUAAAACUUGACAUUAACGGUUUACCAUAUGGGCUGUGUGCCAUUUGUGUUAAUCUCAGCAAAAGUGGUAGCCCAGGUAUGAACAUACCUUCAAGCAGCAAUAGACAAGGCAUGGGCCAGAAUGAGAAUCUGAGUUCCGUUGAGAACAAAAGCAAGGGAGGACUGAAGACUCGCUGUUCAAGUUGCAAUGUAAAAUUUGAAUCAGAAAGUGAACUUCAAAACCACAUCCAGUCAGUCCAUAGAGAGCUCAUCCCAGACAGCAAUAGUACACAUUUGAAAACACCACAAGUAUCACCAAUGCCCAGAAUCAGCCCAUCACAAUCAGAAGAGAAAAAGACCUAUCAGUGCAUCAAGUGCCAGAUGGUUUUCUACAAUGAGUGGGAUAUCCAGGUUCAUGUUGCAAACCACAUGAUUGAUGAAGGACUAAACCAUGAAUGCAAAUUGUGCAACCAGACAUUUGAUUCUCCUGCCAAACUCCAGUGCCAUCUAAUAGAGCACAGUUUUGAAGGAAUGGGAGGGACCUUCAAGUGUCCAGUCUGUUUUACAGUAUUUGUUCAAGCCAACAAAUUGCAGCAACAUAUUUUUUCAGCCCAUGGGCAAGAAGACAAGAUCUAUGACUGCACACAAUGUCCACAGAAGUUCUUCUUUCAAACAGAAUUGCAGAAUCAUACGAUGACCCAACAUAGCAGUUAGUGCAAGGCCCAGUUCUUCAGAAGAAGAAUCUUUGCAGGACAAAAAAAAAAGGGAACAUGUUUUACUCUUUGCACGAGACUCUCAUUGUUAAUAUAUAUUAUUCAGAAACAUUGUAUUGUACCAUAAAACCUGUAUUAUGGAAACUGUUGGAUGUUCAUGUGUUUGAACUUUUGAGCACCGGAGAGACUUCCUGUAUAUAAAGUGUUGCACAUGUAUUAUGUUGUCUGAUACUAAAAUGGUCUUAUAAAGACAAGUGGACUUGGGCCCUAUUCAAGCAGGACUAAGAGAAUAAUUAUAAUACCAACAACAUAUAAAAGGGAAAUAUGGCUUAAGGAAAAACAAAAAAGCGGUGAUACAGUACAAACCUUUUGGCCUUCCUUUUGUUCAAGCUUAUGUCUACAAUCUCUGUCUUUUGGUAUUCAAAUGGAUGAAUUCAAGAAUAUUUUUAGUGCCGAAGAAGACGAACAAGAACAAGAAGAAGACUCUCCAAGCAGGACCCCAGCUGAAUAUGGCCUGUAUAUAUUUGUAAGCCUUGCGAUAUGACAGAUAGCAUUACCAUAUAUGCAAUAGUUGUUAUGUAGAUUGUCAAAGAAACUUUUUUCCUGGAUACCAUUUGAAGCUUUUGAGUGUUCAAGACUUUUCCUUAAUGAUGUCACAUGGCCAAAUUUUUGAAUCAGUUGAACUAACCUGUAUGUUACUGUUAUUAAUGUUUACUCUGCAGUCUGAACCUGGAGAUUACUGGAAUGGUUUUCCAAGAAGAAAUAAAUUCAGUUUACCAUUACAUAA